AUGGCUGCAAUGAUCAUGUCUGGUCCAUACACCAUGCUAAACCAUGACCCAACCCCACUUCAUGCGAAAAACGUUGCAGAAAAGUGUCAAAUCUUGAAAGAAAAUGAGAUCCUGCCCGAAAAUAUUUUACCACAAUUAAUAGAAAAGAAUCCUCGAGCUCCAAUAAUUUAUGGUGCUCCCAAAAUCCACAAGUGCAACAUCCCGUUAAGACCAAUUGUGGAUUACAGAUGCUCUCCAACAUAUAAAUUGUCCAAAUAUUUAGCAAAUAUUCUAACUCCAGUCGCCUCAAAACAUGAAUUCUCAAUCAAAAACUCUACUGAACUCGUCAAGGAUCUAAAGAAAUUAAAAUCAAGACCAGGUGACAUCAAAGUUUCUUUCGAUGUUACCUCUCUCUUCACAAUGGUCCCAAUACCAGAGACUAUAGAUUACAUCAAAGAAAGAUUGGAAUCAUAUCCACAACUCGCGGAAUUAACAAAACUGUCCGUGGAAGAUAUCAUAUCACUCCUAAGAUUAUGUACAUCCGCUUCAUAUUUCCAAUUAGAAGAGAAAUAUUACAAACAAAACCAUGGGACAGCGAUGGGGUCUCCUCUUUCCCCCGUGAUGGCAGAGUUUUUCCUUCAAAAACUGGAAUUAACACUUAUCAGAAGCAACCCCCACAUCUACUUUUGGAGACGCUUUGUGGAUGACAUAUUGUGUAUAAUCAGACGAAGGAGAAAAGACCAAAUAUUACAAAUGAUCAACAAUUUUCAUCCAUCCAUCCAUUUCACAAUGGAGGAAGAAAUUGAUGAAAGAAUACCAUUCCUUGACAUUUUAAUUUAUCCUAAAAAUGACUUUUCUUUAGGCCAUUACAUUUACAGAAAACCAACUCAAACAUCCCAAUAUCUCAAUUUCCGGUCAUUCCACCCUCGUGCUCACAAGAUUGGUGUCAUCGACACACUACUUACCAGAGCCAUCCGACUUUCAGACGUGGAACACCUUGAUGAUGAAAUCAAACUUACCAAAAUCAUACUAGAGAAAAAUGAUUAUCCUUCAUCUCUUAUUAAUAACCGUCUGACCAGGGUGCGGAUAAAAUGUCAACAAGAUCAACGGGAAAAAACGGUUGACAUACAGAAAAGGAUCAUUCUUCCGUGGGCUGGAGAUGCAACGUCAAAAAUUGCAUCCUACUUACGAAAAACUAUGGACGUGGAAAUAGGAUAUUAUCCCGGACCGAAACUGGGUUCAAUUUUAUGUAAUGCUAAGCAGAAGCUGAACAGACCAAGAGCUGGAGUGUACCAAAUCAAAUGCAACUCUUGUCCAGAUGUGUACAUUGGUGAGACCGAACGAGACUUUUUGAUAAGAAUUAAUGAACACCAAAACGAUAUUAGAAGAGCCAGUAUAACUUCUCCUGUUGCACUACACAUGCUGGAAAACAAUCACGAAUUAGACACAACAUCCUUCCGUCUCAUAGUUCCUGAACACCGGAAAUUCUUUCGCAAAUUUAAAGAAUCCCUCUACAUACAGAAAAUGGACAACAAAAUGAACGUUUCCAAAGUAACCAAGUAG